AUGCCACGGCCCAAGAACUGGCCCAGCACCCUACCCUACCUCACGGCCCCUCUGCACGGCAAGGACCUCACGCCGGCACACCUCGCCGCCAUCCGCACCAAGCCCUCCUCCUCCUCCGCCUCGUCCACCGCCGACGUGCCCGUCAUCUCCGCCGCCGACACGCCGCCGUUGCCCUGCCCACGCGUCAAGAUCCAGCCCAUUACCAGCCCGGCCUCGCACCCAGCCCUCGGGCAGUGCGGUCUCUUUGCGGCGCGGAACCUCGCCCCCGGCACGCUGAUCCUCGCGUACCUGGGGCGCGUGCACGCCGGCGGGGGCGGCUCGGCGGCGGGGGCGGCGGGGAAAAGUUCCUCCGACUAUGACUUGUGGUUGGACCGCGAGGCGGACGUUGCGGUAGACGCGGCGGCGUGUGGCAACGAGGCGAGGUUUGUGAAUGAUUAUCGCGGGGUCGGGCCGGCGCGGCCAAAUGCCGAGUUUCGGCCUGCGUUUUGUGAGAGGUGGGGGGAGGUGUGCGUGGGGGUGUGGGUGAUGGCGGCGGCGGCGGGAGGAAAGGGCAAGGGGCAAGGGGGGAAAGGGGGGAUAAGGAAGGGGGAGGAGAUUUUGGUGAGUUAUGGAAAGGGCUUCUGGGAGGAGAGGAGGAGGGAGAUGGAGGAGGGUGAGGAGGAAGAGGCGGAGGAGGAGGAAGAGGGCGGUAGUGAAAGAAAGGGUGCGUGA